UGGACCUUCCAAAACCGAAACCAAAAACCAGAGGCGAAAACCGAAUUCAAACUAAGGCCUGUUUUUUCAAAUAUUCUUCUCACACCAAAGACAUUUCUUCGGCUUGUCACCCACUCACCUCUUUUUUUUUCUUUUUUUUCUUUUUAUUAUUAUAUAUAUUUUUUUUUUCACUCGACGGUGCCUUUGUUUUCUACUCGCACUCUAAACCCACAGGUUUCAGAAGCCUCUCUUCUUCCAAAACCCAUUUAAAGGCCACGAAACAGCACUCAAAAGCCAAAAAAAAUCAUAACCACAUACUAUUAGACUCGAAAAUUUUGUUCCCUUUGAUUUGAAAAUGGAUACAGCUACUCAAAUCGGCUCCACGGCUCUCCCAAGCUCCGCUCCCCUGCCAGUCCAUCCAGCCUCCUUCUCCGGCACGCUGGGUCGUCAUCUGGCUCGGCGGCUUGUCGAGAUCGGCGCCAAGGACGUCUUCUCCGUCCCCGGCGACUUUAACUUGACUCUCUUGGACCACUUGGUCGCUGAGCCGGAGCUCAACUUGGUCGGCUGUUGCAACGAGCUCAACGCCGGGUACGCCGCCGAUGGCUAUGCCAGGUCUCGCGGAGUUGGCGCCUGCGUCGUGACGUUCACGGUUGGUGGACUGAGCGUCAUCAAUGCUAUCGCCGGCGCUUUCAGUGAGAAUUUGCCUGUCAUUUGUAUAGUCGGCGGUCCCAAUUCCAACGAUUACGGGACCAACCGGAUCCUCCAUCACACAAUCGGGUUGCCCGAUUUUAGUCAGGAGCUCCGGUGCUUUCAAAAUGUCACGUGUACUCAGGCAGUGGUGAAUAAUUUGGAUGAUGCACACGAGCUGAUCGACACUGCAAUAUCUACUGCAUUGAAAGAAAGCAAACCUGCUUAUAUCAGCAUAAGCUGCAAUCUUCCUGGAAUUCCUCACCCAACUUUUGCUAGGGACCCUGUUCCCUUCUUUCUCGCUCCCAAGAUAAGCAAUCAAUUAGGAUUGGAAGCAGCAGUUGAGGCGGCUGCUAAUUUCCUAAACAAAGCUGUGAAGCCUGUCAUUGUGGGUGGGCCAAAGCUAAGGGUGGCCAAGGCUCAACAGGCCUUCAUAGAGCUUGCAGAUGUUAGUGGAUAUCCUUUUGCUGUUAUGCCCUCAGGUAAGGGGCUGGUGCCAGAGCACCAUCCGCACUUCAUUGGGACAUAUUGGGGUGCUGUCAGUACCAGCUUUUGUGGAGAGAUAGUUGAGUCUUCAGAUGCCUAUAUUUUUGCUGGCCCAAUCGUCAAUGAUUACAGCUCUGUUGGGUAUUCCUUGCUGAUCAGCAAGGAAAAAGCGAUCAUGGUGCACCCUAAUCGUGUGACCAUUGGAAAUGGUCCAUCAUUUGGAUGGGUUUUCAUGUCUGACUUCCUAAGUGCAUUGGCCAAGAAGCUCAAGAGGAACAGCACUGCCCAUGAGAAUUAUCGUCGAAUCUUUGUCCCUCCCGGCCUUCCUUUGACACGUGGGAAAGAUGAACCAUUAAGGGUCAAUGUUCUUUUUAAGCACAUUCAGGAAUUGCUCAGUGGAGAUACUGCAGUAAUUGCUGAAACGGGAGAUUCAUGGUUUAAUUGUCAAAAGCUCAGACUUCCUGAGAAUUGUGGGUACGAAUUCCAAAUGCAAUAUGGAUCAAUUGGAUGGUCAGUAGGUGCCACUCUUGGAUAUGCUCAGGCUGCUAACGAUAAACGUGUUAUUGCUUGCAUUGGUGAUGGAAGUUUCCAGGUAACGGCUCAGGAUAUUUCAACGAUGAUUCGAUAUGGACAGAGGAGCAUUAUAUUUCUCAUCAACAAUGGAGGCUAUACGAUAGAAGUGGAGAUUCAUGAUGGACCAUACAAUGUGAUUAAAAACUGGGACUACACUGGUCUUGUUGAUGCCAUCCACAAUGGUGAAGGCAAAUGCUGGACUGCCAAGGUACGAACAGAGGAUGAACUGAUCAAAGCCAUUGCAACAGCCACAGGAGAGCAAAAUGAUUCUCUCUGCUUUAUUGAAGUUUUUGUGCACAAGGAUGACACCAGCAAAGAGCUACUAGAAUGGGGUUCCCGAGUUUCUGCUGCUAACAGCCGCCCUCCAAAUCCUCAAUAAUGCAUUAGUUGGAGAAGUUUUCUGAUGUUGUAAUCGUUCAGAUGUAAGUACUAACUUGCUUCUAUCCGGAGCUGAGAAGGUAUUCGGGGACUUGAGAAUAAUAAGAGGAAUGUUGUAGUUUCUUUGUUUUUUUCUUUUUCAUUUGUAGUGCAAUAUUGUGCUUACUGAUGUGACAAAUGAUUCUGUUAAGAAUUCUUGUAUAUGCCAAGUUCGACAUAUUUUCAUGAAUAACAAUUAUUGUAAAAAUUCUCGUGGCGAUUCCAUCUCUCAGGGCUUGCCUGUUUGAAUGAAUUGAUGUUUGAUGCAAA